CCCCGACCGUUUGCCACGCGCCGCGCUUUCCCCUCCGCGGCUCCUCCCCGAGCCGCCCCCGGUGCCCACGAUCCCCCGGACCAGGCGCGUCGUCCCUUGCAGGACCUGGGGGCCGGCGAGGCCGCAGAGGCGGGAUGGGCCUGAGCCCGGGCGCCGCCGGGGAGUACGCGCUCCGCCUCCCUAGGAUUCCCCCACCCCGCCCCAAACCCGCCUCGCAAACCGCCAGUAUCUUGCCCAAGGACCAGCAGCCUGCGCCCAGGCGUUUAACUGCCACCCACUCAGCAUUCCUCCCGCCCCUCCCCCCCCUUGAAUUAGAAGAAUCCGUGGGAUUCGCAGCGUUGGCCCAGCUCCCAGCCAAGCAGCCUGCAGCCUGCACGUUAGAACAGGGCAGAAGCAUCCAGCAAGGAGAGAAGCCUGUCCUUAGCUUGGAGACCACACCCAGCCAGAGAGCAGAGUGGAUCUCAAUUCCCAAGCCUGAGAAUGAAGGCAAGUUGAUAAAGCAAGCAACUGAGGGAAAACCAAGACCCAGACCUGGAGACCUGAUUGAGAUUUUUCGAAUUGGCUAUGAGCACUGGGCCAUCUAUGUAGAAGAUGACUGCGUGGUCCAUCUGGCUCCUCCGAGUGAGGAGUUCGAGGUGGGCAGCAUUACUUCCAUCUUUAGCAAUCGGGCCGUGGUGAAGUACAGUCGUCUGGAGGAUGUGCUGCAUGGCUGCUCCUGGAAGGUCAAUAACAAGCUCGAUGGGACGUACCUGCCCCUGCCGGUGGACGAGAUCAUGCAGCGUACAAAAAAGAUGGUCAACAAGAUCGUGCAGUACAGCCUGAUCGAAGGGAACUGCGAGCACUUUGUCAACGGCCUCAGAUACGGUGUACCCCGGAGCCAGCAGGUAGAGCACGCCCUGAUGGAAGGAGCGAAGGCUGCAGGAGCAGUUAUCUCAGCUGUGGUGGGUAGCAUAAAGCCCAAACCAAUAACUGCCUGAAGGCGAUGAAAACUCCGGCUAGAGCAAGAGCUACCGACACAAGCAAAAAGAACGUGCCUCCUUGCCUUGCCUGCUCUCAACGGCUCCGAUUAUGAAAGUUGUGAACUUCUGGAAGAAUCCAGAAUGUAUCCAAUUACCCAGAAAUACAUCCAAUAUAUAAGAUCAUAGACCUGCAGACUCUCGGGAUGGGAAGGA